UGUUUCUAAAGGACAAAUGACCAUCGACAUGAAGUUGCAGACAAUUUAGCCAACUUCAGAUUGUUUUCAUAGCUAUGGUUCUUUUACUUGUCAGUGAUAACAAUAUCCAAUUCAAUCAUGUUUACAGAGUAUCAUUGACACUAUCAGUUAAGUAAGAUCUAUUUGAUAUACAGAUUUAUUGUAGUUACUCCACUUCAAAACAGAAAUAUGGCAGCUGAAAGUCGGAUGAUACUUUAUGCCUACUGGCUAUCGUCUUGCUCAUGGCGUGUGCGCGCAGCGUUGUUCGCCAAGCAAUUGAUAUUCGAAGAACGGUCCGUGGACAUCGUGAAACAGCGCGAUCAGCUCAGCGACCAGUUUCGGGCUAUUAACCCGUCGCAAAAGGUUCCCGCAUUAGUAAUUGAUGGAGAGACUAUUGUGGAGUCGAUGGCUAUCCUGCAAUAUCUGGAAGAGACUCGACCAAGUCCCAGUCUGACACCAAACACGCCGCUACUCAGAGCUCGGAUGAGGGAAAUAUGCGAGACAGUGGUAUCUGGUAUCCAACCACUACAAAACCUCGGAUUGAAACCGCACUUUGAGACAGAGGAACAAUUCCAGCGUUUCACUAAACACUGGUCGGAGAGAGGACUGCAAACUCUUGAAGAUCUGUUGGUGAAAUCAUCCGGUCGUUAUUGCGUCGGGGACAAACUAACUAUGGCGGAUAUUUGUCUCGUACCGCAGUUGUUUAAUGCGGUCUCCAGAUACAAACUGGAUCUAAACAAGCAUCCAACGCUGUCCAGAAUAUACAAGCAUCUACUACUUGAAGAUAUUUUUGAUAAAACGCACCCAAAGAAUAUUAAACCGAUGAAAUAAAGUAGUUUGUUUUAUU